CUUGUUUAGUGGUGCUAGUUCACAAAUGUAAUCAGUUGUUGUUAGUUUGGGGAAUAAACGAUUUUUAAAAUGAACCACGCCUUUAGACAGCGAAGAGGGCUAGCCACUGUUCCCAAGGAUGGAUACAUGGGACCUCCCCCGGGCAUGCCAUAUGAGGAGCCCCAAGUUUAUUUACAAGCAGACAAUUACUACCAUCAACCGAUGGCCCAGAAGCCAGGAAUCGACUUGGAGUCGACAAUACCUAGGGAGGAGCUCUAUCUACAGAAGGAGUGCCCCAUCCCGUUCACCACUAGGGAACAGUGGGGGGCGAGACCACCACUGAGUGUGGAGAAGCACAAACUACCCUUGGUUCAUCUCCGGUUCACAGACACUGAUACCGAGCAGUGUGAAGGCCCUGAGGCGUGCCACAAACUACUUUGGGACCUCCAGAAACAACACAUGGACGAGGGCUUUCCAGACAUUAAAUACAAUUUCCUGAUAGGCUUGGAUGGCAUGAUAUACGAAGGACGAGGUUGGGAAGUGGAGGCUGACCGUCCUGAUGAAGAAUAUGGAUGGGACCUGAAACGUCUGAAGGGAGUCAGCGUGGACAUUGCCUACAUAGGCACAUACGACAGAACCUGCACUGUAGAAUUGCCUUGGAAACAGAUGUCAGCUGCAUUCCACUUCACACACUGGGCGAGCAAGUGGAACCUCCUCGACGACAUGUUUACAAUCACCCAACUUAGGCCUCCCCCAUCAGGGGACUGGUGAAGUUUUAAAAUAUUCUGGAGUGUUAAAAUAUAAUUAUUGUUUAAAAACUCUCAGAGCUGAAGGGAACAUACGUUAAUCACAUGAUUAAAGGCUUCUCUUGAAAUAAGUCUUCCAGUUUAUCAGAAGGGUAUACAAUAAUGGAAAAUAUAAAAUAUUCACGUUUCGUUUUAGAAGUUAGGACCGACACAAUAAAGUAUUUUGAAUCAUG